CGGAAAUUGGCGCAGACGCUUAAAAACUUCAGUUAUAAUAUGAUCUUCUGUGGCUAACAAUUAAUUGUUUGAUGAUUAUUUUUUUGUGAUUCUAUUUUUGGAUUAUCUGUUAGUGGAAAAUGAAAGCCUUUCGAGUGCUAUUGUUUCAUAUAAUUGUCUGUCUUCGGCUAAUUUUUUCUCAGACUACGCUGCAGACAACCUAUACACCUUUGUCCAAUAAAACAAAUUCUACUACGCUCCUGCUAUCUUCUCAAAAUGGAACAAUUGUGAAUACCUCAAAACCUGCCACUACCGCAUCUAUGGCAUCUUAUGGUGAAACCAAAGGAGAUUUUAGUCAAAGUCAAGCAGUUGGAAAAACCCAAUUAACUAUCAAUGAAGUGAAAACUUUCACAACAACCUCAUCUAAAUUAAUAUUAAAGAGUUCAACUGACCGAUCGUUAUCAGCGAUUCCUAACAGAAGUCAAGAAUUAUUCAGUCGAACACCUGAAAUGACUCAAGCAAGAACUACUCUAGGUGGAACAAAGGAUAACAUCACUACAGGAAAUGACUUUUUAACAAAUUCUACAUCAGUUUUUACAUCAAGCUUCAGCAAAAACGCAAGUUUAACGAGUAAUGGUACAAAAAGUUCCCAAAGUGGCGAUAUAAAUGUGUCUAGUAAUCAAAGUUCACCAACUACAGCUUCAUUGCAAUCCUUGGUUAAUACAGAAACACAUACAGCUAAAAAAAUUGACUCAACAACAACCGAAGCUUUCGGAACGAGUCGGUUAGACACUUCCAAAUUGCUGACAACAGCUACUCAAGAAAAUGAAUCAUUCUCUACCUCAACAGAACAGUAUACACCUGAAAAAAUCGAAUCUACCUCCGGAAAAUUUGAAACGAAACAUUUAUCAACUUCAAAAAUAACCACGCAAAGAAGCGAUUCUACAUCUAUUAAAGAAUUUGAAACAAGAACGCCAUCAACAUUAAAAGCGUUGAUAACAACGCAAUAUGAUGAAACUACUUCUGCCAAAGAAUUUGGAACGACCCCGCUAUCACCUUUAAAAGCUCUGUUAACAACUCAAAACGAUGUGUUAUCCUCUACUACUACCGAACAGCAAACAUCUGAAAAACCUGAAUCUACAUCUGCAACGAGCCAAUUGUCUACGUUACAAAAAAUAAUUAUGCCAGCAAGUGAAUCAUCCUUGAUCGCAUCAACAAAUAGUCAGAAAUCUACAGUUCAUCUGCGUCAUUCGUCAAAAGUAUUAUUUUUAACAACUUCAGCUAAUGAGUUAAAAAAUAAUUUAACGGUAACAGAUUUGUAUAAUAGAUCUGCCAACUUUAACUCUAAUGACGACUCUGACUCAAGUAAUAAGGCAUGGAUAGCAGCGAUUGUUAUUGGCGUUGUUUUCAUUAUGGUUGUUAUCGUUUUACUCGCAAAACUUUUCUGUCAAUUUCGAGAAAGUACGGAACCAGUUGUUCUUCUUAGCGAAAUACCCAUUAGAACGAGCUUCAUAGGGAAACGAACAAAUCCUGACGGUUUUGCAGUUCCAUACAUAAGUACUUCAGAAUCUGAAACACAAGGUGGUACUGUAAAUAUUGCAUUUACUCAAGAAAAUGGCGACAACGAUUCAAAUCGUUCUUCACCUCCACCCUACAGCAAUCAUAAAUCAGUGUUUAUGGUAUAACAAAAUUCUUUCUAGUUCUAUUAUGAGUUCUUUCUGAGUUAUUAUUUUCAAGGCUGAGAUUUUUUAGUCCAGACAAUGUCUUAAAAACCCUAAUUUGAAAAAUAUGCUAUUUGUUUAUUUUCGUAUACUUUAGAAGAAAUUCUUUUGUUAGGUAAAAGUCUUGUUUUUGUUAUAGUUUUCUAUUUUAGGUUAUCAAUUUUCAUAUUAUUCAGUGAAUAAUUCUACGUUUUCAAUUCAUUUAUGAUAAGAUAUUUAUUUUACACACUUUUUUUUAUAAUAAAAA